UUAUUACAUUUUAACGAUUGGCAUUAUUAUUAAUUAAUAAGUAAACAACUUAUGCUAGAAUAUCGCUUUUUACAUAAGAUUUAGUGAUUAUGUUGGAAACGGAAGAAGUAGAUGAAGAUUAUUUCUGCCCUGCACCUAACACAUCAUUAGCAAAUAUUUUCGGUAAUCCGCGAAAUGAAGCUAAAGGAGAAAAUGAAACUCUAAAGUAUAUACCUCAUAAGCCACACAAUCUAGCUGUAAAAUCGGAAACCAAGUCGUCAGAGUGUAUAUUUGCUUGUGCUUUACUUGGCUAUGAAUGGCAUAAUAAUAUUUACGCUUCUAAAGGCAAGAUUGGAUUGGCCAUUUUGAACAUGAUGAAAUCUGCUCAAUAUAAUAUAAUAUUAUAUGAUUCAAAUAAAGCUACUUUGUCUUGUGUUACUAUUUCACCAACUUUAGAAGUUAUGGUAAAAGAUAAUGUGUACCUCUCAUACUAUGACAAUCAACAAAGGUAUUGGACUAUUUAUGGUAAAGAAGAUGAGAUUAAUAAAAUUGUUGACACACUAAAAAAUUUUGAUGCUGUUAUAAAAUUCUCUUCUAACGCAGAAAAAGGACCACCUGAACCUAAUGAAACUAAAAAUAUUAGUACUGUUUCAUCAAACAUACCACUGCAGGCAGAAAAAGAAAGUGACACAGACUCUUCAGUGAAUAGAAGAACAAAAUUGACAAUUUUAAAUAGAAUGGCAACUGUAGGACAUUCUAUAUUGCCCCCAAAUACACUGUCCACACUAAAAACAAGUGAUUCAUCAGAUACCAAUGAUACUGAUAAUUAUUCCAAGACUACAAGACACAAAGUGUCUAAAAAUAUUGUUAGAAGAAACAAUCCUGAAAAACAUAUAGUAGAUAAUCAGUCUUUAUGUGAUACUCAGAGGAUAUCAUUACCCAUGAUGAAUCAAUCUACAGAAAAUAGUCCUCUUUAUGCACAUGUAAGUAGCCAAUUGGUACCUAUGACAAAUACUAGUAUCAUUACUAGCUCUACAAAUAAUUCAAAUGACAUGAGUUUGUUUAUGUCUGAACAACGAAUAAGUAAUAGUGAACUUAGAAUAAAUUUGAACAGAAUGACUGACAAAGUAGAUCAAAUACUUGGAAAAGUAACAGAUCUUGAUCACAAACAUAGUGGAUCUACUAAUAUAAACUUUCAAAAUGAAAUAUUACAGAAACUGUUGACUGAGUAUGAAAAUAAAAUCAAAGUAUACGAAGAAAUAAUUAAAUCUAAGGGCACUGAACAGUCAAAUAUCUUAGUCAAACAUGGAAAUACAUUAGCAGAUAACUUAAAACAACAGUAUGAAGAUGAAAUAAAUAUGAUGAAAACUAAGCUUUAUAACCUUGAGGAAAUUUGUUCAGCAAAGGACAAAGAAAUAUCAAAAUUUAAACUUGAUAUAAACGAAUUAGAAGAAAAAGUUGAAAAGGAAAAGUCGAAUAAAAAUAAUGUUAUGGAGGAAAUGGUAGAAUUAAGAAAAGAAUUAAUAUCAAAAACUCAACAGUUACAUGAUACUAAUCAAAAACAAAAAGUAUUCAAUACACAAAAAAUUGAUUUAACAGACAGUGACAUUUCAGAUAAAUUAAAAAAUAUUAUGAAUGACACUUUCCAUGCAAUUUCAGCACAUUUUGAAAACAAUGAUAAUUAUUCAGGAGAAAACAUCAAAAAUACUAUAGGUAUUAUUAUUAAAAAGAUAACAUUAAAGUCAUUGAAAGAGUCCUAAUUACAUUCAUAAAUAUUCAUUUUCUAACAUUAUUUUGUGAUAUAAUAUUAUAUAAGCAAGAAGUAAUAUAUAAAGCAAUAAAUAAAUUCAUAUGAUAUAUAGUAUGCAUAUAAUUUUUUUUAUGUAUGUGAGUUCCGUUAAAUUCAUAGUUUAUUACAGCAUCCUGUUGGUACCCAUUUGCUACAAAAAAUAAUGAUAUAGGUAAAAGACUGACGGUAAACUGCGAAUUGGAUUCACUUACCGAGGAGUAGAGUAGGAGUAAGUUUAAUAAUUUUAAUCAGUAAUAUUAAAUAUUCUAAAUAGUUGCAUAAUUUUGUGAUUUUAUAAUAAUAAUAUACGUACUAUCAAAUUUUA